AUGGGUUCCAACAUGAUCUGUGGGAAAGUCAUAACCGACGGAUUUACAAAACCCACCAAGAAGGAAGAAGCUAAAUACACAGCUGAUGAGAAGAAGGCUCUUAAAGAGCAGAGGAAGAAGGAUAAAAAGGCCUUGUUUCUACUCUAUCAAGGGUUGGACGAGCCUACCUUCGAGAAAGUUGCUAAAGCAACGACAAGUAAACAAGCAUGGGAGAUUCAAGCUUCCAUCUUCAAAGGAGAUGAACAUGUGAGACAGGUCCGUCUCCAAACAUUACAAGGCAAGUUCGAGGCUCUUCACAUGAAAGAUGGAGAAUCAGUGUCCGAUUAUUUUUCACGAUUGUUGGUAAUCGUGAAUGGUUUGAAAAGAAACAAUGAGAAGCUCGAUGACAUCCGAGUCGUAGAAAAGGUACUUCGAUCCAUUUCCUCUAAAUUUGAGCAUGUAGUUGUAGCUAUUGAAGAGUUUAAGGACUUGGAGAAUCUUACAAUUGAAGAGUUAUUGGGUUCAUUACAAGCAAAUUCAGCUCCAACCGCGGUCGUGGUAGAGGCCAGGGGCGUGGUAUUUCUCAACAACCACAUCAAAAUUAGUAGGAGACUCAAAACUUCGGAGGUAGGGGACGAGGAGGCUACCGAGGAAAAGGAAGAUCCACAUAUGGUCGUGGAAACUCCAAGAAUAUCCAAUGCUACAACUGCAAGAAGUUUGGACACAGAUGAUGAACAAGCCAAUGUUGCAAUAAAUGAGGUUCGUAGUGAUUCUAUUUUACUUCUCGCUCAUGAUGAUUCAAAUUCAAUAGAUGAGGUUUGGUACCUCGAUUCUGGCGCAAGUAAUCACAUGUGUGGGAAGAAAGAUCUGUUCAUAGAACUCACAGAAGGAGUUCAUGGAAAUGUGAACUUGGGGGACUCCUCCAAACUAUCAAUUGAAGCCAAAGGGAAGAUAAAAAUUUGUCAAAAUGAUGGUAAGAAAUGA